UUCAAAGAACGAGCCUCUUGCUAAAAUCUCUCUUCAUUCUUUUCUUUUCCUCGCUGGCGAGUGAUUUAAUAACCUUAACAUUUCUAAUUCGAAGGAUUUGCUGCAACCCUCUAUUGCAACUCUACCACAUCCACACCUGAACCUCCACCAAUCUACACCACAUACACCUAGACAUUCACACUUACACCCCCGCAAUGGGUAACAAUCUCUCCUCAACCUUCAUCCCCGACACUUCGGGCGUCGUCCUCAGUCCCCCAGACCGACACGCAGACAUGUUCCUCGGUAUAUUCUGGGCAUCGUCACUCUACGCCUGCGCCAUGAUCUUCAGCACCUGCGCUCUGAUCGACCGAUGGAAGGGUCCCUACGAUCGCGUUAGAACGUCUCUUGGUUCAGUUAUGGGAGCCUUGUUAUUAUCGACGGCCUGGCCUGUUGUCAUGGCAUACUUGAUCUUUUCGCCGGCUGAUGUCGAUUAAGCGGAUGAACCAUUCGGUUACGGCCUUGGGAAUAAGUACUUGGGAUGAGAUGGACUGGGCUGGGCAAUUGGCGUCUUGAGAAUUGUGGUGGAAAUGGCAUUACGGUCAGACCUGGAGUUUGAAUGCAUACCACGGCGAUAUACCAUCUAAUACAAUUUUUUU